UGUUCCAUCGCCUGUCUCCACCAAACCAAAGCCUCUCGAUCUGCAGCCCUUUCGUGAGUAAAAAUUCUUCGCUGGCAGUAGUACUCGACAGUUCACAGUCGACACCAUGCAGGCAGGAAACAACGGCGUGCUGGGCGGCGGCCAAAUGUACCCCUACCCGCCGCCCGGGACCAUGGCACCGCCGGAGCACGGCGUCGUGGAGCAUCCGCCGGCCGUGAACCAGAACAACUGGGGCGGCAACGACGCCAACACGCUGCUGGUGGUGGCCACUCUGAUCACGACGCUGGCGUACCAGCUCGGGUGCAACGUCCCCGGCGGGUACUGGCAGGACACCAAGAUGUCGGACGACGGCAAACGGGUGAUCCACCUCGCCGGCGACCCCGUCAUGCGCGACCUGCACCGCCCCAGGUACUGGGUGUUCAUGGCGGCGAGCUGGAUGGGGUUCCUGGGGUCGAUGCUGAUGACGCUGAGCCUGCUGGUGCGCAUGCCGGUGGACUCGCGCCAGGUCCGCUGGUCCUUCGCCGUCGCCUACUCCAGCCUCGUGCUCACCUUCAUCGUCUCGCAGUCCAACACGCACCUCUCCAUCGGCAUCGCCGUCUGGGUCGCCACCGUCGCCUUCCUCUGGCUCAUGAUCAGCGUCCGACCCGAGCACCGGGCAAAGAUCAUCCGUUUCUGCUGCUGCUGCUUCCGCCAGAAUUAAUUGACCCAAUUAAGGCAACUAGUAUUGCUAGCUAGCUGUCUUUGCCAUUGGUUGAUUCUCAUUCCGCCUCUUGCCAUUUUGGUUGAUUCACAGGCAUUCUGCUCUGUCUUAAGAAUUAGUUGCAUGUAGUAACUUUGUGACUCUGAGGUUGGACUAUGCAAAGUUCAGACUUCGAGUUGCCAGUCGGAGUAAAAAAAAUUAGAUCGAAAAUAGAGCAACAAUGUUCCGGUUAGAAGCAAAAGCAGCCAAGCGGGAACGAAAUUCUGACAUACAUAAAUGAGAAAACAUAAAUCGUUUUUCACAUGCUUCUAA